AUAUGAUCCGAAGAUGACCGGUCCGGCCGGGGGUAGUCUAGUCCGCAGCAUUCUGGACUAUACUGAAGCUACACGUAAUGCGGAAGAUCUAGAUAAAGCUCGUCGAGCAGCGCUGGAGUCUCUACCGAAGUGUCUCAAGCCCAUAACGGACUGG